AUGACGACAGGAACCGAGACGAUUUCAGGCUUGACAGCAUUCGCACCGCUACCGGCACCGUAUCGGUUCGAGAUCUCCUUCCGCGAAGCCCGGCUGAAGAUCGUCCUGCAAGACGUCCAGACGGAUCAACAAUGGUCCACGGGUUUCCUAAACGAAGGCGCCUACAUGACGAGUACGAAUCGAAUUGCGGAUGUGACUACCGCUGACUGUCUCGAUUUUAAAGAUACGCUGGAGUUCCUGAUGGACGCUACGGGGAGUGAGGCCACAGACUCGAGUGAUACUACGUGUACGAGCGAUGUCGACUCAGCAGCAGCAACGCUGGAUUCCCACCGCAUCCGACGGGAGCUGGUCAAGCUGGAGAACAACGCCCUCCAGCUCAAGCUCACAGUCAAGUUCCGCGUGCUCAGCUCGGCGUGGGGGGCCACGUAUGUCUUCCGCUUGGAGCCGCAUUCGCAAAAUUGA